UGUAACUCUCUGUCUACGGUACCGUAGUUGGCUACAAUGGCUGGAUUGCAUGUAUUCGUCAUACCGGUAUGGAAUCAUAUGGAUCCAAGCAGCAAGCAACUGAGGAAACAGGAGACCAACGCUGAAAAAAAGCCGAAUACCUCAUUCCCACCACGCGCCUCGCUGACCACCAGAACAGAUCGAUCCACGGAGCUCUGAAUGUUCGAAGAAGGAAAGCGAAACCUGCUGACUGCUGAAGGAAUGAAGGAAUGAGUGUCAUCAAGCGGAUGCAAUCACACAAAAGGAAGAAGGAGACCAAGUCAACCAGGCGGAAGAGCAGGAGGAAGAUCAGUCUAGAGUAUCCUCUUGCAGUAUUCAUUAUCCCGUACCAUGGCGACUUCUUCACCCAACGAGAAAGGAGGUAGUAACCAGAACAAGCCCCAAUCACCACCCCUUCUUGCUGCAAGUCCAUCAACGUCGUCAUCGGAGCAAGCCGCCGUGAGCACACGAAUCAUUUCUGGCUCCAUCGGUUCCGUCGUGACGGCCCUCUGCGUUACCCCGUUGGAAGUAGUCAAGGUUCAUUUGCAAAAUGCCAAACCCACCAAUCCUACCCCGCCAUCGCCGAUAAUACCCCAAAAUGUAUCCCUCUGUCCCAAGGGAUGCGGAACCUUUGUGUUGAAUAAUGGCCUCUGCGAUAGCAUAUUGCCCAAGUGUGCCGUGCCCUACUUUGAUGAACGGGGGAAUCUCAAGUGUCUCGACACGACGAAGAGUGCUGCAACCAAGUCAAAACCUGCAAUCAUCACUGCCACUACUACCACUGGGAGCAGCAGCAGCCAAGGAACCUUUGCCAUGAUUCGUAGUAUUUUCCUCAAGGAAGGAUAUCAAGGAAUAUAUGCCGGUCUGGCACCCACACUUGUCAUGGGCGUUCCCAGUACUGUAUUUUAUUACACGGUCUACGACGAAAUUUUGGCACAUGCACGCAACAACUAUCAUUUGACCAGUGCCUGGAUUCCCUUUUGGGCCGGGUCGUCGGCUCGGCUGGGAACGACUCUGCUGACGGCACCCUUGGAAUUGGUACGCACACGACAAGCCAGUCGAGUAGGAGCUGGACAAGACGUUGCUUCCAAUGGCGGGAUCCUGGCAGAAUUGCGACAGAUUGUACGACAAGAAGGAUGUGGAGCACUCUACAAGGGACUCGGUCCGACCUUGUGGAGGGAUGUACCAUUUAGUGGAAUCUACUGGGUCAGUCUGGAACAGUUUCGAGCUUUCUACACAGCGCAAUUGAUCGACGGGAAGGGCAGGCCAAGUGCCGUGCAGCAAGCAGGAAUCUCCUUCUUGAGUGGGGCUUCGGCAGGAAUGGUUGCCGCUGCUUGUACUACGCCGUUUGAUGUGGUCAAGACACGACAACAAAGCGCAAUUCUCACAACCACCGCCGUCGAGGCACCUGCCGAGCUUGCUGCCUGCAAGCAUGAUGGACAUGUAGUGUACAGAGCGGCUCCCGCAGAGGUUUCAGGACGAACCAUCUGGUCGGACCUCCGUGCUAUUUACGAGAUGGAAGGGGUCAAUGGCUUGUGGAGAGGAAACCAAACUAGAAUGAUCAAAGUGGCCCCCUCCUGUGCCAUUAUGAUCAUGUGCUACGAACUGGGGAAAAGUAUGUUGACACCGUCGAACAACUACUAGCUAGACUCAGCAGCUACUAGACUUCCCACGCCACAGUUUCAAGAGUUGUUCAAAGGAAGCAAAACCUUGUUGAUAGGUAGCAAAACCUUGUUGAUAGCAUGUUAAUAAUAACCAUAAUGCAUCGUAUACUACGUCC